AUGGCGGCGGCAGCACCGAGAGAAAGAGGCGGGCUGCGACGCCGCGCGACCACUGCGCAGGCGCGCGGGGAUGGGGCUGGACGGCGCGGCCGCCAUUUGGUGAGAGCUCCAGAGAAAGCCGAGUGUUUGAGAGAAAGCGGUCUGGAGGUCCUUCGACUGAUGGAGCCCAACAGCCAACAUUGGAACUGUUACCGCAAGCCUGGAGGGGCUAGACAUUUACCGGCUUCUCGAAGAUCCGAAUUACUGGACCACGUGGAGAACAGACAUCGAGGCCCAGCCAGACUGGGAAUAAGACCUGGCGACACGGAAAGCCGAAUUCAAGGUGGCCCAACCAGUUCAGGGUCAAGACUUGACCUCACGAGGACCCCACAUAAAGCAGACCCGACCAGCCUGGGAACAACAUCUGACCUUGCAGUGACCCGAGGGACCAGAUGCUUACCUGCUUCUCAAAGGCUGAACCAACUCAACCGCAUAGAGAACCAUCACCAAAGCCUGACCAGUCCGGGAGCAAGACCUGACCUCACAGUGACUCGAGGGACCAGACAUCUACAGGCUUGUCGGAGACCCAACCAACUCGACAGAUACCGAGGCCUGACCACUUCGGGAACAAGACUUGACCUCACAGAGACCCGACAUGGAGGAAACCCGACCAGACAAACUGCAAGGCCCCCUGGAGCACUAGCGGCUGCGACCAAUUCCCAAGACCCCACCAAAUGCACUCACUUAUCUUCUGGAAUGGUAGACAGCCCUCACCAAUUCACAGACUUGACCAGAAGCAGCCACCAACCCAGGAAACGGGGAAAACGUGCUGGUCUACAGGUGAGACUGAAACAACGUGGUUUCAAGUCUCCCCUCCCCAGUAUAUUCCUGACAAAUAUCCAAGCUAUUGAAAGCAAGCUAGAUGAACUUAAAGCUAGACUCAUCUACCAAAGAGAAUUGAGAGACUGCUGUGUGCUCUGUUUCACAGAGACAUGGCUCAGUCCUGCUAUAUCUGACUGUGCCUUACAACCUGAGGGUUUCUCAGUUCACCGGAUGGACCGCAAGAUGUCCUCUGGCAAGGCAAGGGGCGGAGGAGUCUGCCUCCUAAUUAAUAAUUCUUGGUGCUCAGACGUGGCGACCCUAGCGAGUUACUGCUCCCCAGACCUGGAAUAUUUAACGGUGAAGUGCCGUCCCUACUACCUGCCACGGGAGUUCACCUGUGCUAUCCUGACAGCAGUUUACAUCCCACCCCAUGCAGAAGUGCAGAGUGCACUUCAUGAAAUAUACACCGUUACAAAUAGACUUAGCACGAAAUACCCCGAGGCCUUGUUCAUCAUAGCUGGUGACUUCAACCAGGCCAAUCUCAAAAGUGUCCUACCAAAAUACCACCAACACGUCUCCUGUCCCACCAAAGGUCCAAACAUCCUUGACCAUUGCUACACAAACAUCAAAGAUGCUUACCGUUCCAUACCCCGCCCACAUUUUGGAAAAUCAGACCGUACCGCUGUGUACCUUCUCCCAGCUUACAAGCAGAAACUGAAGCGUGAGGACCCAGUGCAGAAAGUCGUACAGUGCUGGUCUGAUGGGACGGAUGAGCUCUUACAGGACUGCUUCGAAUCAGUGGACUGGUCCAUAUUCAAGAACUCAGCGACCAGCCUUAAUGAGUAUGCCACUACUGUUACAGACUUCAUCAGUAAGUGUGUAGAAGACUGCGUGCCAAAGAAGUUAAUCCGAGUGUUCCCCAAUCAGAAACCAUGGAUGAAUUCGGAGAUCCACUCUCUACUGAAGUCCAGGUCUGAGGCGUUCAAAUCUGGUGACCCUGACCUAUACAAGAAAUCAAGGUAUGACCUUCGUAAAGCCAUCAGAGAUGCCAAGAGACAAUAUCAGACUAAGCUAGAGUCCCAAACUAACCACAUGAACAUUUCAAAUUUGUGGCAAGGCCUACAUGACUUAAUAGGCUACAAAGCAAAGUCAAAUAGAAUUGCUAGCAGCAAUACAUCCCUUUCCAAUGAACAUAAUGCAUUUUAUGCUGGUUCUGAACAGAAGAUCUGUGAAACACUGUCCACUGCACCGAUAGUCUCAGGUGCACCUGUACCCACAAUCACUGCUGCAGACGUUAGAUCAGCCUUUUUAAAAGUGAACCCACAGAAAGUGACUGGCCCCGAUGGAAUCCCUGGCCGUGCACUCACAUCUUGUGCAGACCAACUUGCGGGAGUAUUUGCAGACAUCUUUAACCUUUCCUUGCUACAAUCUGAAAUCCCCACCUGCUUCAAGAAGACCACUGUCACCCCAAUGCCAAAGGAAAAUGAAGCAGCAUGUGUCAAUGACUACCACCCGGUGACACUGACAUCCGUAGUUAUGAAGUGCUUUGAGAGGUUAGUCAUGGCUCACAUCAACUCCAGCCUCCCAGAUUGCCUUGAUCCUUUACAAUUCAUCUAUCAUCGCAACAGGCCCACGCCAGAUGCCGCCCCCUUGGGCCUACACUCACCCCUUGAACGUCUAGAUAACUAUAUCAGACUUAUUGACUACAGGCCAGCCUUCAACACCAUAAUUCCAAUCAAACUCCUGUCUAAACUCUGAGACGUAGCACUCUGUUCCUCCCUCUAAUUGGAUCCUCGACUUCCUCACCCACAGACCACAAUCAGUAAAGGAUAGGCAAUGAUUCUCUUUCAUAAUCUUCAACACCAGUAUCCCACAAGGCUGUGUACUCAGCCCCUUACUAUACUUCUUAUACGCUCAUGACUGUGUGGCCAAAUUCUGUUUUACCUCCAUUUACAAGUUUGCUGAUGACAUGAUCAUUUUAGGUUCGAUCUCAAAUAACGAGACAGAGUACAGGAAAACAAGGGCUUAGUCUAAAGACAGCAAUCUGUCUGUCAAUGUUAACAAAAUGAAAGGGCUACUCAUUGAAUUCAGGAAGCAGAGUGGAAGAUACUCCCCUGUCUGCGUCAGUGGAGCCCAGGUGGAGAUGGUUGAGAGUGUCACGUUCCUGAGUGUUGAUCAAUAAUAAUCUAUCUUACUGUGUCUGAAGGCACAACAACACCUCGACCUCCUCAGAAGGCUAAGGAAAUUCAGCAUCUCUGAAAGGACUCUGAAUUUUAUAGAUGUGCCAUAGUAAGCAUCCUUUCUGGUUGCAUCACCACGUGGUACAGCAACUACUCUUCCCCAAGACCACAAGAAAUUAGAGUUGUGAACAUAGCCCAGUUCAUUACAUAAACCAGCCUUCCAUCCAUUGACUCUAUCUAUACACGCUGCUGCAUCUGGAAGGGAGCCAAUAUAAUUAAAGACCGGUCCCACCCUUGUUACAUUUGCUUCCACCUUUUCUGUUAGAGAGAAAAUACAAAAGUUUUAAAACAUGUACCAACAGAUUCAAAAAUAACUUCUUCCCUGUUGUUAUCAGCCCUUUGAAUGGACCACUGCAAUACUUACAUUCAUUUCUCUCUGCAGCUGUAAUACUGUAUUCUGUUAAAUUAUCUGAUUAUUUAUGUAUGGUAUGAUCUGUCUGAAUAGCACGCAAAAUAAUACCCUCACUGUAUCUCGGUGCAUAUGACAGUAAUAAAUAAUCCAACCUGUCCCACCUCAGACUCUGGGGGAAAUUUACAAUAAAAGGAACUGCUGAGGCUGAAGGUCUUAAAUAAAAACAGAAAUUACUGGAAACUCAGCAGGUCUGGCAGUAUCUGUGGGGAGAGAAAACACAGUUUGUGAGAUAUUGAGAAAUAGGAGUAGACUGUUCAAUCCCUUGCGCCUGCUGUGCCAUUCAAUAGGAUCAUGGCUGAUUCAACAUUCCUCACUGCCGUUUUCCUGCCAUUUUUGCGAACUGCUUGAUUCCCCUUCUGAUCAAGAAUCUAUCUAUCUCAGCCUUAAAUAUACACAAGGUCUCUGUCUCCACAGCUGUCUGUGACAAGGAGAUCCAAAGAGAAGAAAUUUUUAAAAUCUGAUUGAAGAUUUGUAGCUCGGGUAUCCGUUGUUGUGGUUCUGCUCGC